CUAGUAAAACUUACAGCGAGAUGAAGCCUUGGUCUGCAGCUAAAAAAAGGUAAUUAAUGAUUUUAACUAGGGCAGUUUCUGUGCUAUGAUGGUAUUGUCUCCUGCCCGGAUUGCAGCCAUUCUCAUGGCAGUCAGGAGAGUGAGAGAAGGCCAACCACUCACUGUAAGGCAGUUCCAGAGGCUGCUGGGUCUCAUGGCGGCGGCGUCCAACGUGAUUCUGCUUGGCCUCCUCCAUAUAAGGCCCCACCAGUGGUGGCUCAGGGACAGAGGGUUCUCCCGAGGGGGCAGCCCACUCUGUACUAUCAAGGUUUUGAGGUGAGCUCCUCGAACCUUGGAUAUAUGGAGGGAACACGUUCUUGUCUCAGGGCCCAGUCCUGGGAGCGCCUUGUCGUCGCGUAACGCUAACCAAGGUCGGUGGGACGAGCUACAUAGUUUAUGGCACCUAAACUGUAUGGAGAUAAUGGCUGUGCUUGGAGCGUGUAGUGAUGGUCUUGGAAAUAGUCACGUCAUCAAUGCACUUGCCGAUGUAGCUGGUCACUGUUGACGUGUACUCUUUCAAGUUAAUGAAAUUGUUGUUGGUUGCAGCUUCCCUGAACAUGUCCCAGUCGGUAAAUUCAAAGCAGUCCUGGAGAGCAGACAUGGAUCCUGCUGGCCAGGUUCUCACCUGCUUUCGAGCUGGUCUUACAUGCUUGCUGAGGUUUCUGUAUUCUGGGAUCAGCAUAACAGAGAUGUGGUCAUAUGUAUUGCUGCGGGUUGGUCCACCCCUUUGACCUUUGUCAGGUUUUACGACAUCGACAUGAGAUGGUGUAAUCUCAUCAGUAUGGUGUAAUGGUAUGCUUGUUCCCAAACGUACGUAUGUAACCCAUUAUGUAUGUAACCCUAGUUCCUUGAGGGAACGAGACGCUGUGUCUCAAGCCAUACUCCCUGCAUCCCUGAAAGUGCUUACCUUUUCUUUCCUCAGAAACUAAUGUCGCUACCAUCGCUAAGCUGUUUUGUAGCUUAAUGGUUUACACGACGUCGCCCGCCGAUAACAUCACGACUUGCCUAUUGGCCGGAUUUUACACGUGAUUCAGAGCGUGGACAACGCGGGGGCGUACCCAAAGAGUUUUGAAGCAUUGUCUCAUUCCCUCAGGGAAAUAGGGUUACAUACGUAACCUGGAGACAUUUAGAUGGUGUAAAAUUUCGCCCGUUAAUGGCACCAGCAGCACAGGAAUAUUGUCAUCAGCCACAUCUAAAAGAGUUUCACAGACAGCAGGGUUGACAAAGCAGGCAUCUGCAGCAAGUGGUGAGAACCUUUCACUUGUUGGAUCCAAGAGCCAAGCAAAACUUUUUACUUAGUUCUUAGACAUACGAGGUUGUAUCAAAACGUUUUGAGACUAAUGGUGUUAAGUUAUGCUAUACUGACCAUAUGGUACCACUUCUGUGAUUUCAUCAUGGACAAGUUUGAACAAAGAGCAAGUGUAAAAUUCUGUGUGAAACUGAGCAAAUCUGCCUCAGAGACAUGACAUACAUUUGACUUUUGAGGUGUUUUGAGCAGCACACCCACUUUACGAGCGGAAGAACAUUACUGGAAGACUUACGAGCUCAACCCCCAAAAAUGGUUCUAUUCUGCAACUUGUACACGAUGAUCAUUGGAGAACAAUCCACAUGGUUUCACUUCCGCUCCCACCGUACUCACCAGAUUUGUCUCCUGCGGAUUUUGCCCUCUUCCAGAAGAUGAAGAUCCAGCUUAAAGGUUGCCAUUUUGACAUCAUUGGAAAUCCAGCAUGAAUCGCAGAAGGUGCUUGACACACUUCAAAAAGAAGACUUCCAGGACAUAUUUCAUAAGUGGCAGGAAUGCUGGGAGGACUGUAUUGAAUUUUGUAUUUUGAAGGUGAUAGUGUGUAAAUAUAGAUAAAUAAAGUACUGUCUUGUAAACAGUGUUAGUCCUGAAACUUUUUGAUACCACCACACCUUUUUAGUAAUACUCAUAUUUCCAGCCUUCUGUUGCCCCAUCCCAACUUUUUUUAGACAUGCUGAAGUCAUCAAAUUCAAAAUAAUUUUUUUUUUCUUUUUUUUUUUUCUUUUUUUUAACUGAAAAUGGUGCAUUUCCAAAAAUGUGUUUUCUGUGUUAUAUUGAAAAUAAAAUUGGGUGCAAUUGCAUUCUCUUUGUAUUUACAUUUUACAUAACAUCCCAACAUUUUUCACAGUGUCCCACUAAUUUCUGAAUAUCACAUAUUUACUAUUUCGGAAUGGAACAGUGAUGUAAGACUCCAUGUGAGUUCAAGUCUAAACACUAAUCUGCCACUCAAUGUUACAAUGUUACUUUAAAAAUCACAAUUACCAUCAGACUGUUUUAUUUGUUUUAAUGUUAUAUGCUAAAUGGAGUCCUACUGAAUUCAUGUAUGCCAAAUGUAAUGUGUAUGUAUCAAAUAACAGAAGUAUUAAGUAACAAACAGCAAUACUGACACUCUUCUUAAUGCCCAAGAUGUCCACUUCUAAUGCACUAUGUACUGUGGAUAUGGAUAGAUGGCUGUUGUCAGCUUUAUUUAUAACUUGAUAGCUGACUACUUAAGUGAAAUUUAACCUCUUUCUCUCCCCCCACCCCUUCUCUUCUCCCUUCUAAAAUCAAAUGAGACUUCUCCUCUUCCUACUCAGUCCUCCGUGUGAUUUUCCACUAGUGUGGUGGCUGUGAACAUCUAUUAAUAAUCUUCUGUGUGUGUAGUAGAGCUUAUGUUCUGGUGAUUAGUGAUAUCAGGAUUAAUUAAAAAUGUCAGGAUUCUUGGACAUGGUGGCCAAAAAUAAGAAUUUAGCUAUGUUUGGCUAUGUAGAGUGUGGUCCUUGCACUGGAAAAAAACAAAAGGCCAUUAAAUCUUGUCUAGAGUGCUUGGACUCCUACUGUCCAGUUCACUUCAAGAUCCAUGAGGAACUGCACUCAGGACAGCAUCACAAAUUAACAAAUGCCACAGGGUUUCUCCAAGACAAGAUCUGCUCUAGACAUGGCAAGCUGCUAGAGGUCUUUUGUUGCUUGGAUCAGCAAUGUGUCUGUCUCAUGUGUACAAUGGAUGAUCAUAUAGGACAUAGAAUUGUGUCUGCUUUAGCAGAGAGAACAGAGAAACAGAGCCAGAUAAGUGAGCCAAAGAUGAAAUCACAGCAGAGGAUCCUGGACAGAAAAAGGGAGCUGGGAGACCUGCAGAAAGCUGUUGAAUCUCAUAAGCAAUCUGCAAAGGCAGCACUGACCGAGUGUGAGAAGACCUUCACUGAAAUUAUUUGCUUUAUUAAAAAAAAACAGUCUGAGGUUCAAGACCUUAUUCAAACUCAGGAGAAGAUUGCAGUUAGUCAAGCUGAACACCUCCUGAAGCAGAUGGAAGAGGAAAUUGCUGACCUUCAGAGGCAAGAUGAAGAGCUGCAGCAACUUUCCCUAACAGAGGAUCACAUUCACUUUCUGCAGCGUUACGUAUUGCUUACUGCCACUCAUGGAUCAUCAGAUUUACCAUCCAUCACUGUUAGCUCUGUCCUGUCCUUUGAUGAAGUAGCAAAAGCCAUAACUGAACUGAAAAAAAAUGUGGAAGAUUUUUGUAAAUCAGGAAUGGAAAAGAUUGAAAACAGAGUCAAGCAAAUUCAAAUCCUUACACCCAUGACUAGAGAGGAGGUGCUGCAGUAUUAUUGUGAGCUAACCAUGGAUCCCAACACUGCAUACAGACGCCUUGACCUGUCUGAGGGAAACCGAGCUGUGUCCAACCAGGACCGCGACCUACCUUACAAAGAUCAUCCAGAGAGGUUUGACUGGCCCCAAGUGUUGUGUGAGCAGCCAGUGUGUGGACGCUUUUACUGGGAGGUGGAGUGGAGCGGUGGAAAUGGUGUUAACAUUGCUGUCUCAUAUAAAAGCAUUCGCCGGAAGGGUGGCCACAAUGAGUGCUGGUUUGGCUGCAGUGAACAAUCAUGGAGGCUGUACUGUUCACCAUUUAGAUAUGCCUUUAGGCAUCAUGGUAAGGAGACAUACAUCCCCAAAACAAACAACUCCACCAGGAUUGGCGUGUAUGUUGAUUACAAUGCUGGUGCAUUGUCCUUCUACAGCAUAGCUGGAAAAAUGAUUUUGCUUUACAAAGUAAAGUGUGAGUUCACAGAGCCUCUCUAUCCAGGAUUUACUGUGUGGCCAGGAUCCAGGCUGACACUAUGUUCUCCUACAAAUGUCAAAUAGAGAGUAAUAAGAUUCUUGAACCCACAUUUUUAGUGUAGUUUACUGAAAGCAGUUUAUAUGUUAGUCAUUUUUCACUGUGGAAAAACAGGUGACCCAAUAUCAGCUAGGUGUCUUUGGUAUGCUGACAGUGAUUAUAAAAUUAAAAUGUAAAUUUAUAUAAAAUGUGCUUACAAAUAUCAACAAAUAUCAAAACGUAUUUGAAGUCAAAAUACUUUAUUUAAUAAUAUCCUAAAUGGUUUGUUAUUAGCAAUUAUUGAAAUAAUAGUUGCAGUGUCUAACAAAACUGCCUAUCAAAACCUUUUUUGAGACAUGCAUGUUCCUUGUAGUUAAUUAAUUUUAAUGAAUGAAAUAAAGUUAUGUGGACAGAUGUGAAACUUUCAGCUCUAACAGAAAAACAUAUGUAAGACAGAGAACAGGAGAGAAAAUGUUAUGAGACUGCCUACACCUACAGUCAAACAUAGAGUUUGAAACUUUAUGGUCUGGGGUUGUUUUGGAGCAUGAAAUGUUGUAGAUUUAUUCUGGGAGAAAGGAAUGCUGAACCAUCAUGGAUCUUGGCUAAUUAGAAACAACUUUACUAUACAAGAGUAGAAUGAGCCAAGCCAAUCUGCAAGUGUUAUUUAGACAAAAUCAGUCAGCUGGAGUGUUAUCUAUUAUGGAAUGGCUUGCUCAGUCACCAGAGCUAAAUCCUAUUGAACUGCUCAUUGGCAUGGCAAAGUAUUUCAGCUGAAUGUUUAGACAAGCUAACUUUCUGUACAUCAAAGGGGUGUAAAUCUGUUAUUCAUGCUAAGUAUUUUUCAGUGCACAUGUACAUUUAUAUUUUUGUUUGGUCAAAAUAAAUCUUCAUAUUGUUAAAUCAUCUAGUUUGUUGCAUUUUAAUGAAAAGAACAUGCAUAUGCCUCUCAGG